AUGUCUCGUCUCCACCUCUCGCGUUCCGCCGCGCACCCCCGUUUUUGCACCAACAUCCCGCGGGCACAGACCCUCCCUCAUGACUCCCUCUCUCGACGAUUGGUCUCAAGCGCCCUGUCGCAGCCUUCGACCUCUUCGAACCCCGUACCCACUCUCGAUCGGGAGCGUUUGUCGCAGCUGAAGCAACCGCGGCGUGGUGGACAAGAUCUCUCUCAACGAUACCGAUGGCUUGAACGCUCUACGCGGGGCAAGGAAGUUUAUGGACGGGAAAUUCGACAUUUCCAGGAAGCAGAUGCCGUCUCUCAAACCACCCAGCAAAUGGACGAGGAGCUGGUCGGGACGAGUUCUAGUCAAGUUACCCGGAGGAUGUUCCGAGGCUUAGUGAUCCCAGAAUGCCCCAAACCCCCAGCGGAUGACGAAUGCUGCAUGUCGGGCUGCGCCGUCUGUGUGUACGAUCUGUACGACGAAGCCCGGACCGACUACCUCAACGCGGUCGACAAAAUUCGCGCAAGCUUGAAAGACACGGGCAUCCCUGAAGACGAAUGGCCCGCCGAGCUCCGCAGCAGGUCUCAAGGAGGUUCAGGCGUGCCGUCCGCCAAACCAAAUGUCGCGUUAAGCGCGUUCGAGCAAUUGGAGCUAGCUUUAAAGGCCAAACGAGAGAAUCCCUCUCAUCCCUCAACUGCGUCUCCCACAGAUCUGGCACGAGUUGAGGGUUAG